AUGAAAGAAUCUCUCAAUCUCGAAGCUCUACUUCGUUCAGUCUCAUUCGGGACUAACGAGAAGAUAGUCACUGUGCUAGUCUUUCUAUUGACUGUUUAUAUCUCCUAUCAACGAUUUUGGCAUCCACUCGCACGUUAUCCCGGACCCUUCCUCGCCUCUUUGACCGAUGUCUGGCAAGUGAGGGAAUGGCUGACUGGAAAGCAACCUUACCGCUUAACUCGCCUCCAUGCGAAAUAUGGACCUAUUGUGAGAUAUGGACCAGAUAAGCUCAGUGUCACUUGCAAGGACGCAGUUCAAACUGUAUAUGUUCGCGGGCAUAAAACAAUGCCAAAGACAGAAUAUUACAACGCCUUUGGACAACCGCACGAUCCGAAUCUUUUCAACCAACGAAAUCAAGCUGAUCAUGCGGUACGCCGUCGUGUACUCCUUAAAGCAUUUUCCCCACAGGCUGUGGAAACCUAUGAGCCGAUCUUGGAUUUUCACACUCAUCGCCUGAUUGAGAAUAUUGAAGGACAUUGUCGCGAUGGAAAAUCAUUCGAUUUGAAAAAGACAAUAUAUCAUUUUGUGUGUGACGCGAUAUCGGAUCUCAUGUAUGGCGAGGAUCUAGGUAUCCAAAAAGGAAAUUCGGUAGAUGCCUUGCCUGAUGACCAUACUAUAUCUUUAUGGAGUGCCGCAAUUGGUUCAUGGCCAACAUUACAGCCUAUAUUAUCCAUAUUUUUGCUCCUUUUUCCUCAUCCUCGGAGCUGGAUGUCAUUCCGUAAUAUGCUCGGUUAUUUCCUGGAGGCAAAGAAAAUUGUCAAAAAUCGGCUGGUCGCGAUGUUGAACGAGCAAUGCACAGAGCGAAAAGAUAUCCUUUCACGCAUCAUUGGCUUGAAGGAUAGUGAUCUUGAGAAUAAGCUCAAUGAGGCUAACCUGGCCGCAGAGACAUUUGGGUUUCUAAUUGCCGGCAUUCACCCUCCAAGUGCCACUAUGAUACUUCUGUUCUAUAAUUUGCUUCAUAACAAAGAGGUUUUGGAUAAGGCUAUUGCGGAAAUUGACUUACAAUUGCCACCUAUGACGCCAGGAGCUGAUGUCUACUCGAGAUCAGCGGUUGAUACAAAGCUCCCAUAUUUUCGAAACUGUAUCAAGGAAAGUUUUCGCAUCUCACCAGCCUUUACUAUGCCUUUGGCCAGAAGAGUAACACAAAGUGAGGGAAUUGUCUUGGAAGGAAAUUUGGUGCCAGUUGGUACCUCCGUUGCGAUUUGCAACCAAGCGUUUCACCAUAACCCAAAAAUUUGGGGAGAUGAUCACAACUGCUUCCACCCUUCAAGAUGGGAAGAUGAGGCAAACGACGAGUUGGGAAAGCUACUCAUGCACUUUGGAGCUGGUGGGCGACAAUGUAUUGGCAAAUCGCUCGCAUUGACGGUUAUUUACAAGACGACCGCUACUCUUUUAGCGAGAUUCUCCUUUCAAUUGGUGAAUGAAAAAGAGCAGCAAGAUGUUGAGGAUGGGCUAUUCUAUGGCAAGCUCCCCGACCAGGUUAGCGUCGGUAUUAGUGACCUCAAGGGAUCGUUGAUGGUGAAAGCGAGUGACCGGGCACGAAUGCAAUAG